AUGCCAGGGGUCCCAUCUAGCCGAGGCUGCGAUGCGUGCCGCAAGGUGAAAAAGAAGUGCGAUCAACUAAAACCGACAUGUUCACGUUGCGCACGUCUCAAAAUAACGUGUGUUGGAAGCGGUCAACAACGGUUCAUGUUCAAGAACCAAUCUAUCAAAGUGAGCCAACCGCAAGAUGCAGGAACCCUUCAACAAACGACUGUCACCUGCCAACGCAAAUUAUCAAACCCCCUUGGGAAUCCGGCACAGGUACUCAAUACUACCACCGGUAGUCUGGCAGCAUCCUUCGUAGCAACUUUGCAGGUGACUGACGUCCGCUAUGGGGUGUCUUACUACGGAUCAUUUUUCCGUGAUAUCCCACAGCGAUUGGGGAAUAGUGUCGUCCUUGAUUCGGCAGUGAAAGCGAUAUCAAGUGCCUAUCCGUUUCUCAUCACGGGCUCUGUUCCGCGCGAUGCACUGGUGCAUUACGGCCAAUCACUGCGAGCACUGAGAAAUUGCUUGAAUAACCCAUCAGAGGCCCGGGCUGCACAUACUCUAUGUGCAGUCUACCUGAUCACUGUAUGCCAGAGUUGGCUAGGUAAAAGCGAUGAUUCCAUAACUGGUCAUAGCGAGGCGAUAUCGUUUCUCUUGAAAGCUGCGGCAUUGCAUGAAUGGAAAGGCACCUUUGAGAUGGAAAUGGUCAUCACGCUUUGUGCGCCCAUAAUUCUGGAAAGCAUCGUCAAUCCUCGUAUAAAGAUGGACUCCCAAUUUUGGGAAAUUAUCUCGUCCUAUAGACGUCGUCUCAACCCUCGUGGCUACGAGCAGUCACAAUCAUCUGCCCAGAUGCAUCAUAUCGCCAUGAUCCCCGAAUUCGUCCAAAAUCCCGAUGCACAUCUUUCCGAAAUCGCAAGGAUAUAUCUGAUACUCAAAAAUGACUCUCUAACGCUAAAGCCAGUCCUGGAUGAAUGCGCAAAAUUUGUUCUUGUGUCUUUCUCUUCCCCCGAUGUUGCCAGACAUUGCAAGGUUCAAUCAGCCUAUACCAUUGUCUGUACGCUGGCAGUGCUCUUGAACAGUCUUCUUCGCGUGUUUGAUCCGCUCAACACGAAUUUGACAGAAGAGACCGCUCACUUUUGUAACGAGAUUAUCAUUCAAACCGAAUUGGCCUCUUGUUACCGGCCUGUGGGGUCGUCGUACAGCCCGCUAUGUCUUAUUGUCGCCUGGGCUACGACAGAUGACAUCUUCCAAUUGGCAAAAAUAGAAUCGCUCAUUGCUGUGUACCAGUCCGACUUCGCAGAAGUUCCAUGGAUGAGUCAGGCAAUUUGCUUGGGUUUGAUAUUGAAUAGCCACCGCGUGCGAACUGCGUCUGGGAAGCUGUUAAAUUCCCCCGAGGACUCAAAAAAUGGUGAAGAAGCUCUAGUUGGUGCCGAAUCUUGUUGCAUUCUCUAA